AUGCUCAAAAAGCACCCGUACCGCGAACUGGCUCAGAGUCUUUGCUAUUGGCGGUUGCAGUCGCCGCCGUCGGCAUUGGGCACCCAGCGCGUGUUGGGUCUCACGGCCUCCUACUCCUACGAGUUCGGGAACGCGAAGGCGGAAGAUCGCCUGCGCCAGUUAUUGAGCGAGCUGUGCAUCACCAACAUCGAGACGGCAUCCGGCCAAGAACUGGAAGCGGGCGGGUGCCACGACGUGGUGACCGAGGUGUUGCUGCCUCCCUCGACGGCAACCCCGUCCGGAGUGCUGCUCGAGGCGAACAGAACCCAACAGCAGGCGACGACGUUCUUGCUCCGGGAGCGCAGGCACGAAGGCACCGACUUUUCCCGUCGGAUCAUGAUCUGCGUCCGCAGUAUGGAGAAGGCGAUAACGGCCGUGUCGGAGCACCCUGCUUUCGCCUCGCCGCUUGUCCUCGACGGUCAGAUGAAGACUCGCGAGUGGGGCGCCUACGCCCACAGCCUCGCACACAACGGUGCCGGCGGCGGCGGCGGCCGCGGUCGUAGAGGCGGCCGGCGCGGGGGACGAGGAGGCGGUGGCGCCACCAACAGGGGCUGUCGAACCAACCGGUACUCGCGGCAGCCGCAGCCGCCGUCUGUGCAUCGUCCGAUGCUCGCCGAGCUGGAGCACUGGUACGAGGCCGUCAGGGCCCUGGUCGUGUCCUGGGAGGAGAGGGAAGACGAGGCCGCGAUCAUCCUCGACAUGUUUGGCUGCACGGGGUCCCCGAGCCACCGCGCCCCACCCGAGGCCGUCUGGCCGGGCGACGUGCGGCAAAAGAUAUCGGCCUUCUGGGAGGCGGUUCCCAGAAUGUUCCCUCGGUUCGAGCACCUGAAGAAAGUUCUUCUGGACAAGUACGACCACCACGGAGGCGAUGGAAGCGGCAGCAGCGACGGGGAAGCCUUCCUCGGCAUAGUGUUCGUGCGCCAGCGCAUGACAACCCACGUCCUGGCCCACGUGAUCGCCGCCGACCCCCGCAUGGCGCCCCGCUUCUCCGCGGCCUGCCUGUACGCCUCCUCCUCCCCCACGACGGCCUCUCUCUCCCUCUCCGAGAGAGAUACCGAGGAGAACCUCGAGGCCUUCCGGUCCGGCAGCGUGAACCUCCUCCUGUCGACCUGCGUCGCCGAGGAGGGCAUCGACGUCCCCGACGCGAACUGCGUGGUCCGGUACGACCCCAUGGACCACGCCGUGUCCAUGGUGCAGGGGCGGGGGCGCGCGAGGGGGGCAGAAAGCAGCUUCGUGGUGCUCUGCGAGCGGGCGGACCGCACGACGGCCGAUCUCGAGGCCGUCGAGCAGCGGCAGCUGUGGCACCUCCGAAACAUGGAGCCAGACCACCAAGGCGAACGCGGCGUGGAGGUUGUGGCCGCCGCCGCCGCCGCCGCCGUUGUGCCAGACCCAGUCCAGCAGGGCGACGACGCGACUCUUGGUUCGGAUGGUGCUGGCAGCAGCACAGACACGGGAGACGGGCCUUCCGGUAGCAUCGUGGAGGACGCGGACGACAGUACUGAUUCUUCGGAGGCCAGCAGCAGCAGCAGCAGCAGUGCAGACACAUACAACGAGCCUGCCGGUCGGCAUCCGCUUCCUGCAGAGCCAGCGAGCGAGGGGCGCGGUCCAGGCUUGACUCCUAGCGGCGACGUCGACGGUGGUUUGGCUGCACAGGAGUUUCUUGAGCUCCUUGAACACGGAGCACGUGGCGUGCUCCUAGACGUGCAGGACAAGCACGGGCUGGGGGUGGGGGUGUCUCCGAACGGGACGCCUAUCCCACCACCGGGGGUGCUGAGUGCAGUACAUCUUUUCGCAGAGAAGACGAUGGGGAUUGUCAUGGAGACGUUCAACCAGGACUCUACGAGCCGCCUAUGGGCAUGCACCCUGUCGUACAAGUCGGCGUUGCGCGAGGUUCACGCCUCGGGGGAGGCGGUGAGCGGGAAGAAGGUGGCGAGGAAGCUUGCGGCGGCGAGGCUAGUCGCGAGCCUUAUCAGCGCGACGGGCACGAACGAGCUUCACCGUGGUAGUGGUGCGGCGGUGGCCAUGCCGGAAGAGGAGACGACCGCCAUGACCGGGCGGCAGCCACCCGACGCGAACGUCCGUAGCGAGUCGAGCUUAGGGAGUGGCACGGGUAACUCUUCUACUACCAGUGACGGCGACGACGGUUCGGCCGCGCUGCAGUCGUUUGAACGCGGAGCACGAGCCGUACUCCUAGACGUGCAGGACAAGCACGGGCUGGGGGUGGGUGUGUCUCCGAACGGGACGCCGAUCCCACCGUCUGGAGUGCUGAGUGCAGUUGAUAUUUUCGCAGAGAAGACGAUGGGGGUUGUCACGGAGACGUUCAACCAGGACUCUACGAGCCGCCUAUGGGCAUGCACCCUGUCGUACAAGUCGGCGUUGCGCGAGGUUCACGCCUCGGGGGAGGCGGUGAGCGGGAAGCAGAUGGCGAGGAAGCUUGCGGCGGCGAGGCUAGUCGCGAGCCUUACCAGAGCAACGGGCACGAACGAGCUUCACCGUGUUAGUGGUGCGGCGGUGGCCAUGCCGGAAGAGGACGCGGCCGUCAUGACCGGACGGCAGAAACCGGACGCGGGCGUGAACAGCGAGUCAAGCGCGCCGAGCGGCAUCGAUAACUCUUCCGCUACGAACUUCGGCGAAGAUGGUUUGGCCACGCUGCGGUCAUAUGAACGCGGAGCACGAGCCGUACUCCUAGACGUGCAGGACAAGCACGGACUGGGGGUGGGGGUGUCUCCGAACGGGACGCCGAUCCCACCGUCUGGAGUGCUGAGUGCAGUUGAUAUUUUCGCAGAGAAGACGAUGGGGGUUGUCACGGAGACAUUUGAACAGGAUCCGUCUAGUCGCUUGUGGGUGUGCACCCUGUCGUACAAGUCGGCGUUGCGAGAGGUUCACGCCUCGGGGCAGGCGAUGAGCGGGAAGAAACUUUCGAGGAAGCUUGCGGCGGCGAGGCUCGUCGCAGAUCUACUUGAGGCGAUAGCGACUUAA